CACGUAAUUGUUUCUAAGAAUGAUAAACCGUGUGGUGGUGAGACGUAAUGUGAUUCCCGCGCUUAUGACGUGUUUCGGAAAUGUAAAUUUAAUUUAUUCGUGGUAGGUAUUUCUGAUGUGACGCUCGUAACAACAGAAAAAUGAUGGAACAAAUGCUCAACAUCGCUGACAAGCUGUCAGAAGAAAUUAAAAACAUGCAGAAAUGCUUGCAGUGCACAAUUUGUUUGCAUACUAUAACCGACCCGAUAAAAACCCUGUGCGGCCAUCGAUUCUGCCGUGCGUGCAUUCAAAUGGUAUUGCAAAAUAAAAAUGCACUGUGUCCACUCUGCAAUUGUGGUAUACAACGUCGCAGUAUUUCCAAGGACGAGCACAUGAUAUUGUACAUCGAUCGACUGCAGAAACUGAUCGAAGCGAUUCAAUUGGACUCAGGCAUCGAUAUACUGCUCCAUUCGUCGAGGCCACGGAGCACACGAGAGUGCAAGCUGUCAGAUAAUACCGAAUUGCGUAGAUCCGACGUGGAGGAAUUGACGAGACCGAGCUGUUCCUACCUUGAUAACAGUCUGCGAGUGAGCGAGCCUGCUCGAAGAAAACGACCGCCAGCGAAGGGAAGAGCGCAGAUGAAUAAAGCGAAAGCUACGCAGAAAGGAGGCAACACCAUCAGAAGAUAUCUAUCCAAGAGUGACCUGUCUGGCACAGGGCAGUCGAAGAAGUCGAAGGAUUUUUUACGCGAGGAAUCGGCAGAGGCCAAGGUGCACAAAUGGCUGGGCAAUCUGGGCAAUAACGACGAGCUAGACGAACCGGAGAAAGUUGAAGUCGCGCAGCCUACAGAGUGCGAUCUGGACGACACUCUGGCCAUAUCAGUCUCUCAAAACGACGCGCAGAACCAGGACGAAUGUAUGGAUGUCACGACGAAGAACGACGUUCGAAGACCCUGUUCGAGGAAUACGAACAACGAGAGAGAACCGACGGACAAGAGAGGCCGCAGAUGGUCCACCGAGAUGAGGAAUACCACGGACAAUCAGCCGUCGGCGAUGAACUUCAGCCUGGACGAUUCGAGACCAAGCACGUCGGGAGCGAUGAGAUCGUUGGACGACAGCAAGGAGAGGAACAUGGACGUUCACAGAGCGUCUACCUGCGAGAUGUUGUCCAACAUGCAGAAGAACUGGUCCACCGUGGCGAAGUUUGGUAAAGAGAUGCGCACGAGAAAGAAGAAAUUGAUGUCUCUGAACGUGAGCAUCGAGAGCAAGAAGAAAUCUCGACGUACGGAGAUGAAUUUGAACGUCAGCGAGAAAGUCGCCGAGGACAGAGACGAAAGACAAAGGAGAAGAGGAAACGCCACGAACGAGGAAUCUGUCAAUGGUAAGGAAAGUUUGAUAAAAGGGGACUUUGUCCGCGGCGGAGAGGCGUCCCCGAGGGACAGAAAGGAGAGAUCGAUAUCGAAGGAAGUUCCAUUGGCCGGUGAAUCGUUCGUUAUCCAGCUGCAGGAGGGCAGAGUGCCCGUUCAGAGUUUGAAGAGCUGUCAGAUAAACGCGAUCAUCGGUGUAAACGUUGAAACGGACGAAUCGAGUAAUCGCGAGGAAAUGGCGUUUCCUGCGGGCGGACGGGUUGAUCCGUUCGACACGCCGUUUCGCGAUCGAGACAAAAUAUUUUCCCAAAUGAGUUUACCAGCUAGCGAGCAAACUGAGCCGGAUCUGAUCGACAAGCCGAUUAACAAGAGAAAUUGCUGUCCGACGCCGACGAUAGAGACGAUAGAUGUCUCUAGUUCUGCGACCAACUAUCAAACGUCCACGCCCCGUCGCAACAGAUUGUCGUUAAAUAGAAGAAGCGCUGGCGAUUCUUCCAGGUCGAAUGUUGAUUCGAGUAUCGCUUUGCAGUCUGUCAGGCGAGACCUGAAUCGUCAGCUCGAGAUUGAAGACGAUGUAGAUAAGAGAAGCUCAGAGGGAGUGAUUAUAACUGAGAAACACAGAGGUCGUCCUAUAAAUGAUAAACCGAGCGGUAGACGAGACGGUGUGUUGGCUGGCAGCUCGAACGAGAAGAACAACACGUCUUCGAUCACGUUCACGAAGUUAGGAAAAACUUUCAGGCAUUGCAGAAGACGAAUCCGCUUCUUAUACCUGGGCACAACUAGACAAGAGGCAAUUCUAAGCCGUUAUCCCGGCUUUCAUCCGCAAAAGCCUUGCAAUCCGGUUGAUAUGGUGGAUAGCAGCGAGGAUUUUGCGAUCGAGAGUUACUUGGAGAACAACGAUCGAGCCACGGUGAGCGAUACGCAGCCAAUGGACGAAGAACCAGAGUCUAUCGCGGAAGGAAACAAUUCAUCGAAAAUGAAAGGCCCAGUGGGAGUGUUCGAGAACCAAGUGGAUGUUGGCGAAGAAAACUCAUCCAGAGAAGUUGCGGAAGAAAUCGUUCCAGCCGAACAGCCUGUAGUCAGCAAUAACUCGGAAGAUAUAGACAUACUCUACGUGUCUCUGAACGAAAGCAGAGUAUCGGAUUCACCAUCUGCCGAGCAGCCUGCUAAAUCAAGCAACGCACCGACCAAAGAUACAGCGAGGAUGAUGUCACCGGUAAGAGACACCAUGCGAUCCCUCUCGUUAGAAUCACCGACGGCGAUCGACACCCUGCAAACUCAGAGAAUAAUCCACGAGCCUGGUGAACCGAACAAGGAGAAGAACAGAGCCUCUUCCUCUCGAGGUCUCUCAUGCACGUCCGACACGUCCGAUUCCUCUUACGGGAAGGAGGAGAAGGAGGAGGAGGACGAGCAGGACGAUCGUAGUUCCGAUCACAGUUUCUCGUCGCAAGCCACGUGCAUCAGGAACUCGGACAAAGAGGACCUGCCAUUGGUGAAGGGAAGCAGCUUAGGAGAGAAAUCCGAGUUGUCCAAUCCCAGCACCAAGGACAUCGACGUGGUGUCACUCAGCUCCGACCCGGAUAUCGCGCCCAGCGAUAAGAAAAAGGAGAAAAAGGUGUACAAGCGAAUUCUAUCGUUCGAAAGUUCGGACGGUGAUUCGAUGAACACCGGCUGCGCGAGCAACAAGGCUGCUGCCGGCUGCAAGAGUCUCGCGAGUGAUUGCGCGCCAACGAAGCGGAAACGAGCCGUUUCCCCCGAUUCCGUCAACGAGGACUUGUGCGCGAUCGUGAACAGUUGGUUGGAGGUGGACGACAGGUACAGAAAGAAGGGCAAGCUCGACGGACAGAGUCGCGAUUCCUCUGACUCGAGGAACGCGUGUCGGCGCAAGUCCGAGGACAAUACCUCGGCGAAAGCUGGCUCGUCGUCGUACCAACGUGACAAAGCCACUGACAAACUGUCCACAGCGCUGCAGCGCAGACAACAUUCAGAUUUCACCGUUGACGAAUGUAACAACAGAGAGAGAUCGUGCAGCUUUCGGAGGACCGAGUUACGGAGGAAGAGCUUAGAAGUUAGGGAGGCGCCUAAGGUCACCGACCAGGACUCGCCUGACUUUGGGGCGACGAUCGACGAAGUGAAGAUCCUGCUGAACAGGCUGCCAGAUCUCAUGCAGGAGGAUAAUUUCGACGACGUCAUUGCGAACGUGAACACCGACACGCUCGUUAACGAGUGCAACGACGAGAGCAGGAAAAAAGAGAUUCUCUCUGGCAGAGAAUCGAUCGAGUAUUUGGAGGCGGGUAGCUGCGAGUGGAAAUCUAAACCGGCGAGAUCAUCGUACGUUAAGAAUCCUCGUUCGUCGAGCGAGCGUGUUCCCCGCGUGGAUUCCAACGGGUCGGACAAGGAGAACAAGAGCAAAAUGUCGCUCGACAUCGUGUACGGCAGUGACGAUGAGAACGAAGAAACUACAGUCAAAGUGUACGUAAAUUCGGCUAAGGAGAGCUCGAGGGACGACAAAUCGCCGGAGGAAACGAAGUCGAACGACUGGAUCUCGUGCAAAUCGCCGGCACGAUUCCAAUCGAAUCCAACGACUCCGCCAGGUGAUAAAAGUGGAGCUCUGAGUAAUUCCAUAGUUAAAGAUACGUACGAUCAAGACUCUUUGAUGAACAUCACGCAGCAGUAUUUGAUGAUCAAACAAUUUGAGGAGGAUCUGUUUGGCAAGCCUGACAGUUCUAAGAGAGGACCGCAGACGCCGACGGGUAGCAAGAAGUGUUGCAACGCAAAGCGAUCAGUUCCACGCAGAGGAGCUCGAACUCGAGGAUCAUGAGGAAACAACAGUCAGGCGUGGAGACACCGCGCUCGAGGAAUGGCAAAAGUCCCAGCAACUUCAGCACUCCGGGUUCCAAGACCAACAUUCCACCACUCUGCCAGAGCACUCCCAAGACCUGUCACACCAACUCCAUGACGUUCAUCCCUCGCGCCAGCCAGUCACUGAACAAAGAAGCGAGGAAGAACAGCGGAGUUACUGUUUCGUGAGCAGCGGCCUGGAAUCCGGCGAGGUCGAUCAGUUGAAGAAAUUGGCGAGAACAUUGCCGCAGGCUGUCUACCACACCCAAUUCAACGUGAACGUAACGCACGUAGUCGUGAAGACCAACAAUAACAACGGGGCGAGCAAGACGUUGAAAUACCUGCAGGGUAUAGUUCACAGGAAGUGGAUCGUGAACUAUCAGUGGGUGAUAGACUCGCUGAAGGAGGGCACAGCCGUGAACGAGGAGUUCUACGAAGUGGUGGACUGCAGGACUUUGGAGGCAGGCCCUCGAAAGUCACGGUUAAGGGAGAAGGGUUUGUUCGAGGGGUUCGUGUUCCACUGUAUCGGGCCGUACGUCAAUGUUUCUGUGGAGCAAUAUGAGGACUUGCUACGCGCCACCGGUGCCAUUGUGGUCGACUCGCUGUACGCUCUAACCGCUCAAGCGAGCAAGCUGAAGAUCAUCUUGAUCCAGGACGACAUUUACGAAUUCAAAAUUAUCGAAUGGUACAAGAAGGCUCGCGCCAUAGCGAUCGUCCACGAAUGGGUAGUCGAGUGUAUCAGUCAGUAUAAACUGAUAUCGCUCUAUCCAUAUCUGCAAGAAUUGUCACGACAGGACGUUCUCGCGCUCGGUUAUCCGGAAUAUCUGGUCGAGGAAGAGACUGGUUGGGAGUCUGAUAGCACAUACGACGUGUGAACGUCACGUUCAACGCGGCUCCGUCACUUCUGCAGUAAUUUCACGCUGGACGUGAAACCCGGUUUCCACGAAUUUAACCACCGGUUAUCGUUCGAAUUAGGUUACUGUACAUAUAUAAUUUACUUGAAAAAAUUUGUACAGAUUUCUUUCUUUCUUUUUUUUUUUUUUUUUUUUUUUUUGUUUCUUUAAUCCCAUUGCAAUUCGGGGGAGGCUCGUUCGUAACAAAGGUUCGUUCGUUUGUUUCUUUGCGACAGGGCUGCUCGUUGCAGCGUGAUUCGAGCUAGGCAAAACGUGGACGCGAAAUGUUUGUAUGGAUUUUUGGUGGAGGUGAUAAGGAUUCACGAUUAGUAUUGAUUUGUGAAUUUUUUUUUUUCUCGAGUAAAUUUAUAGGUAAUAUUUAAUUAAAUAGAGUAAAUUUAGGAUAAGUUUAAUGUAGGCUAACAUUUAAUUUUGAUACGUGACAGCGUCAUUAAUUCUGAUUUAAUUUUUUAAUUCAUUGCACCCAUCCCAAAAUGUUUCAUUUUUCAAAAUCGUCAGAAGCUUAUUUAAUUUCCUAUUUAUUUGAAGAGUUAA